GGCGAAUUUGAAGCGAAUUUGAAAGAAUUAAAAAAAUUUGAUCAAUAUUUGCCAUCAUAUAAAACAACCUCGAGCAUUUAUUUCUAGUCAUAACCCUCGUUCAACUAUCCCAAUGCCCUACUUAUACCAAAGUCAAACAGUAAAACGUUAAACGAACGAUCAACAAUUGAAAUUUCCAGCUUGAAAAUGAUGUAAAAUACGAAUUUUGCGUUCGUUCCAAGAUAAGAAAAAAUGACCCAACAGUACGUGCUAAUUACCGGAGGAGCUGGAUAUAUCGGAAGUCAUUGUGCUUUAGUUCUAUUACAAAGUGGUUACGAUGUUUUAGUGCUGGACAAUUGUUCGAAUACAUAUUCAGCUAACAAAGAUGAUAAACCCGAAUCGUUGAAACGAGUAGAAAAGUUGGCUGGAAAAACACUUUCGUACGUUUACGGUGAUCUUUCGGAUUGUCAAAAAUUGAAGGAUGUGUUUACUCUGUAUAAGGUUUCGUGCGUUAUACAUUGCGCCGCUUUCAAAUCAGUCAAAGAGUCUUGGGAUCUACCUCUAUUUUACUAUACGAAUAAUGUUACCGGAUCGUUGAAUUUAUUCCAUACGAUGUCAGAAUGCGGAGUGAAAAAUAUAAUUUUUUCUUCCUCUUCUACAGUGUACGGCGAUCCGCAAUUCCUGCCAUUGACCGAAGACCAUCCAACGGGUCAAAAUUGUGCCAAUCCGUACGGAAGGACUAAGUUCAUGGUGGAGGAAAUUCUAAAAGAUUUAAGUUUAUCCGAUAAGGGAUGGAAAGUAUACUCGUUACGAUACUUUAAUCCGGUCGGAGCUCAUCCCAGUGGCGAAAUUGGAGAAGACCCGUUAGGUAUACCCAAUAACCUAAUGCCGGUUGUAUCCCAAGUAGCGGUGGGUAAACUGAAAGAGCUCGCUGUGUACGGUGACGAUUACAAUACACCUGAUGGAACAGGUGUACGGGACUAUAUUCAUAUCAUGGAUCUAGCCGAAGGUCACACUGCCGCAGUUAGUAAACUUUUGACCGAAAAAGAAGACGGUAUUUUUAAAGCUUAUAAUUUAGGCACAGGUUCCGGUGUGUCUGUAUUAGAGGUAGUGAAAACUUUCGAAAAAGUCAACAAAAUAAACAUUCCGUAUAAAGUCGCCCCUCGACGACCUGGCGACGUUGCCUCUUCUUACUGUGCUGUCGAUUUAGCCAAAAAACAACUAGGCUGGGAAGCUAAACACGGUCUAGAUGAAAUGUGUCGAGAUUCCUGGAAUUGGCAAUCGAAGAACCCGAACGGUUACCGAAAAUAAUUUUAAUCGCAUCUUGGUGCCAUUUACACGACGAAAUCAUGCAUUUACCAUAUUUUAAAAUAAUUUUAUUGGAAAAUUUUAUUUAAAAUGUAUUUUUCAUUGUUUUUUUGACUAGUCUGUUAAAAAAUGAUUUUAUUUCUACGA